UCUUCUCUCCAUAAUAAGACUGCGCUCACCUGCUCACACCGCCGCUGGACAAAGAGACACCCAGACUGAGUUUCCUUUAAACAUAAACUAUCGGACAGGUGCGGUGGAAAGGAGAAAGGAGAAGUGAGAGUGCGAAGUGAAUAACUGAGUGAAUGAGAGUGACUGGAGGAGUCAGAGCGCAGCGCGGAAUAAAACACAGCCCAUCAUCACCAUCAUCCUACAAGACAUUGAUCAGGACGCACUGUUCGCUCAACUGUCUCAUCUCAGAAGACGAACAUGUCCUCGUCCGUGAAGGAAAACAGUGGCGCACAGCAUGCCAGUUACGUGGGACCGUACAGGUUGGAAAAGACGCUGGGGAAAGGACAGACAGGGCUUGUGAAGCUUGGGGUGCACUGUGUAACUUGUCAGAAAGUCGCCGUAAAGAUCGUCAAUCGAGAGAAACUCAGCGAAUCUGUUUUAAUGAAGGUGGAACGAGAGAUUGCUAUUCUCAAGCUCAUAGAACACCCACAUGUUUUAAAGCUUCAUGAUGUCUACGAAAAUAAGAAAUAUUUGUAUUUGGUUUUAGAGCAUGUGUCUGGGGGAGAAUUGUUCGACUAUCUGGUAAAGAAGGGCAGAUUAACACCCAAAGAGGCUCGCAAGUUCUUUAGACAGAUCAUCUCUGCUUUGGAUUUCUGCCACAGUCACUCUAUAUGCCACCGGGACCUGAAGCCUGAGAACUUGCUGCUAGAUGAGAAGAACAACAUCAGGAUAGCAGAUUUUGGCAUGGCUUCUCUGCAGGUUGGGGAUAGUCUCCUGGAAACCAGCUGUGGGUCUCCUCACUACGCCUGUCCGGAGGUCAUUCGGGGGGAGAAAUAUGAUGGGAGGAAAGCAGAUGUAUGGAGCUGUGGGGUCAUUUUGUUUGCUUUACUGGUGGGAGCCCUGCCAUUUGAUGAUGAUAACUUACGGAAUUUGUUAGAGAAAGUGAAACUGGGAGUGUUUCACAUGCCACACUUCAUUCCACCAGACUGCCAGAACCUUCUACGAGGCAUGAUAGAGGUGGAUGCUAGCAAACGGCUAACGUUAGAACAAAUCCAGAAGCACACAUGGUACAUUGGCGGAAAGAACGAGCCAGAGCCCGAGCAGCCAGUGCCAAGGAAGGUGGCGAUCCGCAGCCUUCCAUCGGCCGAAGACAUAGACCCAGAUGUGCUGGAGAGCAUGCACUCGCUCGGCUGCUUCCAGGACAAAAACAAGCUGAUGAAGGACCUGCUGUCAGAUGAUGACAACCAGGAGAAGAUGAUCUAUUUUCUACUGCUGGACCGAAAAGAAAGAUACCCAAGUCAUGAAGACCAGAAUCUACCACCACGCAAUGAUAUAGAUCCCCCGCGGAAGCGAGUGGACUCCCCUAUGUUAAAUCGGCAUGGGAAGAGGAGACCGGAGCGCAAAUCCAUGGAAGUGCUGAGUGUCACAGAUGGAGGAUCUCCUGUACCAGCACGAAGAGCCAUUGACAUGACCCAGCAUGGACAGAGGUCACGUUCUAUUAGUGGAGCUUCCUCAGGUCUUUCCACCAGUCCUCUCAGCAGUCCACGGGUGACCCCUCACCCCUCACCAAGAGGCAGUCCUCUACCCACUCCCAAGGGAACACCUGUGCACACACCCAAGGAUAGCCCUGCUGGCACGCCGAACCCUACGCCGCCACCCAGCCCUUCUAUCGGAGGUAUGCCUUGGAGAACACGCCUCAACUCCAUUAAGAACAGCUUCCUGGGCUCUCCGCGCUUCCACCGCAGGAAACUGCAAGUUCCUACUCAAGAUGAGAUGUCCAGCCUUACACCAGACUCUUCCCCAGAACUUGCCAAAAAGUCGUGGUUUGGUAACUUUAUCAGCCUGGAGAAGGAGGAGCAGAUCUUCGUGGUGAUCAAGGACAAGCCCCUGAGCUCCAUCAAAGCAGACAUAGUGCAAGCCUUUCUGUCGAUCCCAAGCCUCAGUCACAGUGUGAUCUCCCAGACAAGUUUCCGGGCAGAGUACAAGUCCACAGCAGGUCCCACCGUCUUCCAGAAGCCUGUGAAGUUUCAGGUGGACAUCACCUACACAGAAAGCAGCUCAGCCACUAAGGAGAAUGGAAUCUACUCUGUAACCUUUACUCUGCUCUCAGGUCCAAGUCGACGUUUUAAGCGUGUGGUGGAGACGAUUCAGACGCAGCUGUCAAGCACACAUGACCAGCCAGGAGUCCAGCAGCUGGCCGGAAUUAUCCAGAAAAGCUAUUAAUACCCUACUCCUCUGCUCCACCUACCAUCGCAGUCACUCACAUCUGUUAAUGGAGGGCGCUAUGAGGGAACAAGACACUUCAUUCUUCAUCCUUACCUUUCUUCUUCAAUUCCUUUGUGCUCUCUGAGGAAAAUGUACACCAACGCAGGUGUCUGUCCUACCCAUGCUGUACCCUCUCCUCAUCUGACCCGAGACACACACAUACAGUAAACAUUCUGAGCCUUCACCUCGACAAACCUGUACUUGGGCAUGCACAACUCUGGGAUGUCAUUAAAAAGGACUAAACAGCCAGUGGACGAAUGGUGAGAAAAGACUAUUUGAAUUGUCCUAAUGGAAUUUAAAAACCCUUCAGAUUGUAUUGCUGACUUUCUUUAAAUAGAGUUGUGUUUGAUCUGCUGCAAAUGGACUAAUUUGCUUCUAUGUCUGGGCUGGGGUGGAUAUGAAUGGUGUCAUA